UUCAGAGCGCUCGCGCGAAACCAACCGAGAGGUCUCGAGGAGGAGGAAAGAGAUAGCCAGAUUUCCAAGCCGAUUCGCCAUCCCAGCCCAGCCAGCUCGCCGUGGUUGCCAUUCGCGCGACGAUUCUGUGCCCUCUUGCUCUGCUCGCCCGCCUCUGAAUCUUCUUCCCUUCGCCGGAUUUUCCGGUUUCCUCGGGAUUCCUUGCCCCCGGGAACGGCGGCGCACGAGGGGAAACAAAAGCUUCGAUUUUUCCCCUGCCGACGAGUUCCCGCUAUCUUGAGCAGCCUGCGCGCGGCCAGCGUCGCCGUGGGAGUUUUUCCCGGCCAAAAUUAGCCAUUUCCCCGGAGCUAAAGGCCGAGCUCGGCGGGGGCUAAACUUCGCAUCUUCUCCGCGGCUGCGGCGGGGGGAUUAAUCCUUCUCCCGUCAGUCGUCGCCGCCGUAUCGCCGGGCGGCAUGGGGCUCGGCGUGGUGGCGCAGCUGGUGCGCCUGGGCGUGGUGGGCUCGACCUCCGACCACGCGUCGGUGGUGUCCAUCAACCUGUUCGUGGCGCUGCUCUGCGCCUGCAUCGUCCUCGGCCACCUCCUCGAGGAGAACCGGUGGGUCAACGAGUCCAUCACCGCUCUCAUCAUCGGGCUGUGCACCGGCGUGGUGAUCCUGCUGACGACCAAGGGGAAGAGCUCGCACAUCCUCGUCUUCAGCGAGGACCUCUUCUUCAUCUAUCUCCUCCCUCCAAUCAUCUUCAAUGCCGGCUUCCAGGUAAAGAAGAAGCAAUUCUUCCGGAAUUUCAUGACAAUCACAUUAUUUGGUGCUGUUGGGACAAUGAUAUCCUUCUUCACGAUCUCUCUCGGUGCCAUAGCAAUAUUCAGCAGAAUGAACAUUGGGACGCUAGAUGUUGGGGAUUUCCUUGCAAUUGGAGCGAUCUUUUCUGCAACAGAUUCUGUCUGCACAUUGCAGGUCCUCAAUCAGGAUGAGACACCCCUUUUGUACAGUCUUGUAUUUGGUGAAGGAGUUGUGAAUGACGCCACAUCAGUUGUGCUCUUCAAUGCGCUCCAGAACUUUGAUCUUAACCACAUUGACGUAGCCGUUGUGCUGAAGUUCUUGGGGAAUUUUUGUUAUCUAUUUCUGUCAAGCACCUUCCUUGGAGUGUUUGUUGGAUUGCUCAGUGCUUACAUGAUCAAGAAAUUAUACAUUGGAAGGCAUUCCACUGACCGUGAGGUUGCGCUUAUGAUGCUCAUGGCUUACCUCUCAUAUAUGCUGGCUGAGUUGCUAGACUUGAGUGGCAUUCUCACUGUGUUUUUCUGUGGUAUUGUGAUGUCACACUACACUUGGCAUAAUGUGACAGAGAGCUCAAGAGUGACAACCAAGCAUGCCUUUGCAACUUUGUCCUUCAUUGCCGAGACUUUCCUUUUCCUGUAUGUUGGUAUGGAUGCGCUUGAUAUCGAAAAGUGGGAGUUUGCCAGUGACAGCCCCGGAAAAUCCAUUGGCAUAAGCUCAAUUUUACUAGGAUUAGUUCUGGUGGGAAGAGCUGCUUUUGUUUUUCCCCUAUCUUUCUUGUCCAACUUAACGAAAAAGACACCUUUGGAGAAAAUAACCUGGAGACAACAGAUUGUAAUAUGGUGGGCUGGGCUGAUGAGAGGCGCCGUGUCCAUUGCUCUUGCUUACAACAAGUUCACAAGAUCUGGACACACUCAGCUGCACGGCAAUGCGAUAAUGAUCACCAGCACAAUCACUGUCGUCCUAUUUAGCACCAUGGUGUUCGGGAUGAUGACGAAGCCAUUGAUCCGGUUCCUGCUCCCUGCCUCCAGCAAUACCGUCACCUCCGAGCCGUCUUCGCCCAAGUCCCUGCAUUCCCCUCUCCUGACGAGCAUGCAGGGCUCCGACCUCGAGACGGCCACUGCUAACAUUGUCAGACCGUCCAGCCUUCGGAUGCUCCUUAGCAAGCCGACUCACACCGUCCACUACUACUGGCGCAAGUUUGAUGACGCGCUGAUGCGGCCCAUGUUCGGCGGUCGUGGCUUCGUGCCCUUCUCCCCCGGAUCACCCACCGAGCAGAGUGUCCAUGGUGGACGGUGAACGCUGCCAAGAAAACAAAGAAUUUGGCACCAAGAGUCAAGAGAGGAAGGCAUGUUUUUGGUGAAUAGAGUCUGGCUGCUGACAAUCAGAUGAUGAAGCUUAUGUUGUUCAGAACUUCAGAUGGUAUAGUCCCUCAGCAAUGGUGAAGAGGGACCUUCAGCUUAUAGUUCAAAACUUCAAAUGGAGGGCUAGUUGGUUGGGAUCAACAGGAUGAAGAAGAUGACUCCUGAAAAUUUUGGGGUUUGAGUUAUUGUAUAACAAAGGCUUGUACAUUUUGUAGAUAAAAACACCCAUUUUUAUCUUAUAAAUAUAGGCCUGUACAACUACCUUUUUCAGAGGACUGUACAACUAGGUAGGUUAUGUUUGAAAUUUGUAUGAGCCGAAAUUCUGGCCCAUGUGCGUUGAUGGAUCGGAAAUCUGAACGAAAAAUACGGGCCCAUCCACCUGGCUGGACUCCCGUGGUCCGUUGCUGUGGACCUGUGUGUGUGGUUCUGGCCAUACCCGAGCUGGUGACCUCCAGACCUCCUUGCAAUUUUAUUUUUUCUUUCUUGUUCUGAUUUUAAAGUUGGUUUGGCGUGUAAGAUGAGAGAUCUUCUUGGUUGGAUGAAACGAGGGAACUUAAAAUACAAAGUGAAGAUACCAGUUACGAUA